CUGUCUCUCUCGCUCCCUGGAGGAGAAGAUGUGCUCCGCCUCCCAGCCCGAGCCAAUAACUGUGGAGUGCCCACCCGAGGUGCCCGACGCGGACCCGGAAGAGGAGUACGAGCGGCUGCCAGUCUACGUGGAGCGGCUCGGCAUCCUUGAUGAGGCGGAGGCUGAAGCUGAGGCCGCCGACGGCUGGAUCAAGUUUGAGGAGGAGACGGCAGCCACCGCUCCGGUGGUGACAGACAGCGGGGGCGGCGACGUUGAAUUUGGCAACUUUGAGGGCGGCUUUGGCGGCAGCGACAGCUUUGGCGCCGCGCCUUCCCCUCGGCUCGCCGCUUCGGACGUGGAGCUGAUCAAGAGCGCGAUGGCGGCGCUCGACAUUCAGCCUCCGCCGUGGAUCCGGAAGAUGCAGCACCUUCAGGCGGUGCAGCGAGCGCAGACCGCCGUCGCGGCUGCCUGCGGCGAGGAGGCGCCUCCAGAGACGCCUUUGGGCGCGCGUCGGAGGCGCCGCGUCGGAAGUCCACUUCGCGCACCGAGCGCACGAGCUGCUGCCGCACGCAAACCUCUCGCGCGGCACGCUCGCCGCCGCCUCCCCCUUCGCCGCCGCAUCCGCCGCCGCCGGAAGCUCCGCCGCCGAAUGCGCGGGACUGGCCGCCAGCGGGCCUGCGGCCAACCUCGCAGGCCUGCCCGCACGGCGGAAAAAGGCACGGCUCCUCCUCCUCCUCCUCCUCCUCCCGGGCGUGACGGGCAGGGAGCUGGCGGCGGAGCGGAGGAGGGAGCGGGAGGUGCGGCGGGCGGCGGCGGCCGCCGCCGCCAGGUAGGACAUUUUUCGCGAGUGUCGUCCUCGCGAGGAUCCUGCCAUGUGGACUUGUGCGCGGGAGACGCACAGUCGGAGUCGAGCAGACAGCUAUAUGUGUCAAGGUGUGUACCCCGCGUCUGGUCUCGUGCCAAUGGAGCACCGGCGAGACGUCUGCCGACGAGCGAGACGCGCUGGCACGUAAUUUGCUUUUUCUCGAGGAUUGUAGUUUGUGUACAUGUCCGCUGUGCCCCGACGCGUCUCAUGUGCUACUGAACGUUGUGUGCUUGUGUC